CAACGUAAAUCAUUCACGCUGGAUUUGGGAUACUACGAGGCUGUCAAAGCAUCACAAUAUGAGCCGGGAGGCUACUCCGCGCUCCAGACGCCGACGCCCUCCAAUCGCAACUCCGCCAACAUGACGCAGCGGGAUGGCAUCAUCAAGUUCGAGAACGAGCGGAUCAAGACGCUGCAGGAGGAGCGUCUCCACAUCCAGAAGAAGACAUUCACAAAAUGGAUGAACUCAUUUCUCAUCAAGGCCAAAAUGGAGGUCGAAGACCUAUUCACAGACCUGGCCGAUGGCAUCAAGCUGCUGAAGCUGCUGGAGAUCAUAUCGUCGGAGAAACUGGGCAAGCCGAACAGCGGACGAAUGCGCGUCCAUAAAAUCGAAAAUGUCAACAAGAGUCUGGCAUUCUUGCACACCAAGGUAAGACAUGUGUCCAACAGCAAGGAGAGUGGAUUGGAUUGGAUUGGAGUGGAGUGGUGUAGAGUGGAAAAGUGCAAGUCGCGCCUGCGCAGCAGCUGCGCGUGGCCAUUGCGUGCUUUGUUUGCCAUAUGA